AGACACACGCUCACUCUCCCUAAAGUAGGGAGCGAGAUAGAGACACACAGAGGAUUGAGAGGAGCAGGAGAGGUGGCUAUCUCUGGGCUGCUCUCUACUGCAGCGUCUGGCUUUUACUAAAAGGUCUAUGACGGUGAUUUCCUGCCCUUGUUUGCCUAAUUUAUUCCUGCCUAGGCCAGCAGAAAGAAAGGCGGAUCAGAGAAGAAGAAAAAAAGGACGGGCAGACGAGUAAAGAGUGCAACAGUACACCCUGACUUGCUGACAGGGAAUGCAGAAAGGUUCUGGCCUCUGGUUGUUACUGCUGGAUGGACAAGCACUGACAAAACAAGAGACACGACUUUGUGAGCUUUGAGAAAGGGGGAGAUUUCUCAACUCUGCUUUUUGUUCUGGCUCGUUGUUAAACUGUGACAUUUGAGCCUCUGACACGACAGAAUCUGAAGAGUUGGGGGAGCCACAAGAAAACAUCUUUACACCACAGACAGAAGAGAAGGAAUUAUUUGAUGAAAUUUGUUGCUGCAGAGACCACAAAGAUAUUACUCCAGGAACAAAAGGAGUCUUUCUCAACACGUUUUAUUUAACUAUCAAGUGUGGAAUUGGUUUCAGUUGGAUCUUUUUGGCUAUUUAUCCAGCACAGAUGUGUCCUUGAGCCAAAACUCUUACUGUAUACAAAACCUAAGUGACUCAUUUCCAAAACUCCCCAUAAGCCAUCUUAUUUUUCCUCUUCAUCAAUAUCACCUCUGCUUCUAGAACAGCCCCAACAAGUCAAGAGUAAGUCGGGACUAGAACUGCCUCAGAUCAGCAGAUAACACCUCUGCACGUAAGGAACUGGUUGGACUAGUUUAUAAAUUUGAGGAGAGGGGGGGGCAGUUUAACCCUGCAUGAAGGAGAGCUGUGUUUUGUUUUCCUCCCACUUGCUUAUGCUUUUGGGGAGAAAGUUUAGUGCUGAGAGAGGGGCAGAGCUUCUUUUUCAUGUGGUGAGAAACUGUUUUGUCCCUUGUCACUAUGCUUCGGGAUAGGUGAGGUGUUUUUCUUUUUACUUCUUCCAGGGGGCAGACAGAGAGAGAAAGUGGGAGGGCGAAAGAGUCAAAGUGUAAUUUAUUGUUUCCAGUGAAAAGACCUAGGCUGCACCCUUUUUUCCUGCCUGAACUCUGAACCACUCAAUGUGUGUCUGAAGUUUUCUCAGACCUCAGGAGCCAUUGAUACGAGGUCAGGGCACGAGUAGGAAAGACAGGAACAGAGAGAGCAGAGGGAAUAAAGAAGAGCGAGAGAGAAAGGAGCACUGGGAAAAACCUCCAGGUCAUUACAAACAGACGCCAAAGGGGAGAAAGGUCAACACGGGAGAGUCCGGGACAACUUUUUAUCCCACUUCUCGAUCCUUUUGGACAAAGCCUGCAUUUAAAACAAAUUUGGAGCCACUCUUUUCUUGUCUGGGACCAGUUUUUAGACUUUGAGGUUAGUUUGAAGCUGGGGGACAGGGCGAGUCUGUGUAUGAUCUACUCACAGGGCUGCGUGUUUCAAAGAAUAUGGCCAUGGUGAGCGGGGGAUGGGGAAACCCCAACGGGGACACUAAUGGACUAGGGGAGAAGGCUUACCUGAGGAGAGAGGAAGAGGAGGGCUCGCCUCAGGCCGGGAGCAGCGAUGUAGAUGUCGGGGACGAGGACAAGGCCUGCGUGGUGGACUGUGUGGUGUGCGGGGACAAGUCCAGUGGGAAGCACUACGGUGUGUUCACAUGUGAGGGAUGCAAGAGCUUCUUUAAGAGGAGCAUCAGGCGAAACCUUAACUACUCCUGCAGAUCAAAUCGAGAAUGCCAAAUCGACCAGCAUCACCGCAACCAGUGCCAAUACUGCCGCCUAAAGAAAUGUUUCCGUGUAGGAAUGCGCAAAGAAGCAGUCCAGAGGGGCAGAAUCCCUCCAUCUCACUCAGGUAUCAGUCCCAACUCCCUGCCAGGUGGGGUUGCAGGUGCAGGGCCAGGUCACAUUGGGGCGGACUACUUCAAUGGGCAGCCGGUGUCAGAGCUCAUCUCCCAGCUCCUCCGGGCUGAGCCGUACCCCAGCAGCCGAUACGGGACUCCGUACAGUCAGGCACAGAUGCAGGCAUCUGCAAGUGGAGCCUCCGUCAUGGGCAUCGACAGCAUCUGUGAGCUGGCCGCCCGGCUCCUCUUCAGCACCAUCGAGUGGGCCAGAAACAUCCCAUACUUUCCAGAACUGCCAGUCUCAGAGCAAGUGGCGCUGCUGAGGCUGAGUUGGAGCGAGCUCUUCAUCCUGAACGCAGCUCAGUCUGCUCUGCCUCUACACAUGGCUCCUCUGCUGGCAGCUGCCGGGUUUCACUCAUCUCCCAUGUCUGCUGAGCGUGUGGUGUCCUUCAUGGACCAGGUCAGAAUUUUCCAGGACCAGGUGGACAAACUGAACAGGCUGCAAGUGGACUCAGCCGAGUACAGCUGCCUCAAAGCCAUUGCACUUUUUUCACCUGAUGCAUGUGGUCUGACAGACCCAGCCCAUGUAGAGUCCCUGCAGGAGAAAGCCCAGGUUGCCCUUACAGAGUACGAGAGGUUGCAGUACCCCAACCAGCCGCAGCGCUUCGGCCGCUUACUGCUGCGCCUCCCGGCUCUGCGUGCCGUGCCGGCCAACCUCAUCUCUCAGCUCUUCUUCAUGCGACUGGUGGGCAAGACACCCAUUGAGACGCUGAUCCGAGACAUGCAGCUAUCAGGGAGCUCCAUCAGCUGGCCCUAUGUACCGGGACAGUGAACACCGUUGACUCCAGAGUAAGACAGACUGAGAUCAGAUUGGGAGGAAUCAGAGCUCACAAAGAUUACAUACAAAAAACCAACUGAAUGUUAUGAAUACAAACUGGAUUUCAGAUGUGUCAGAUCCUCGUUUGUGAGUGUAGAGGUCAGCUUUUCCCACAUUAGCUCUGAAAAGUUUGGAAGUCUGACCAAAACUGCUUUCAGGGAAACAAAAAUGGGUGAUUGGAAUAUAUUUCCAGCACUUGUCAGUUUGGCUCUGGCCUCUGUCCGAUUCCUCUGUCUCAUUCUGGAUAAAAACACAGGGCUUUAAGUAAAAUGAAGACUCUAACAUGAGGCCAUGUGCCUGUACUACCUCUUCCCAUAUCACCCUUAAUGUGACUCCGUUUGAACCCAGGCUCUGUGUGUUUUCCCUCUGCUUUGUUUUUCAAGUGAAAAUGAAGCCAUAGCAUUGCCACUUUUACAAGCAGAGCUUCAUAUCGGAGACAUGUCGUGCAAAUCAAAUCAUCAAACCUAAGUUGUGUCAUGUUUGAUACGUGGGAUAAAAAUAUCACACUUGGUUACCAAAUGUAUUUGUAAAGACAUAUCAAAGUAUCACCUUGUACAGCAUUUAAACAAAGAAGAGGCAUGGGCAUUGUAUACUUUAUUAAGUACUGUAUAUACAAGAAAUGUUGUAUGUUAUGUACUUAAAGGAGAAAUUAAGGGAAACAUGCUAUGAUGAUCUUCUGAUGAGAAGAUUGAUUCCACGUAGACAGUACGUAAGACAGAAGUCUUUUUACUAAGCUAAGCUAACCAACUGCUGAGUUUAGCUCAAUAUUUUCUGUACUCUCAGCAAAUAGAAGUGAGUAACCAUAUUUCUUAAAAUGUAAAGCUAUUCCUUUAAUAUAGUUUGUUAAACUAACUAACUUGCGACUGAAGGUGAAUGCACUUCAACACACCCUGGCUCCUCAGACAGUCACAUCCCUGUUAAACAUUAUUACCUCAUGUUUUAUACAUCAAAGAUUGUAUAUUCAUGUGCUAAAGAAAAAAUACAAAUGGAUAAAGGCAUCUUUAUCAGAAACACUAAUGUUCCUCAAUAGACUUGUCUGUUCACCAGACUUUGGCCAAAAUAUAUUUGGUUGAAUUGCAGGGCCUAAUGAUUGAAGGGCACCCAAAGUUUGACAUAUUAUUUACAGAAAGUUACAGUUACUCAAGUGAAUCAAGUUUCUGGUUAACAUCAAACUGGAGACUGUUGCCUUUGCUUUUAUAAGACAAGAGGUACUUCAUUCUCAUUUCUUUUUACACGUGGUCCCAUUGCAGAAGCAGUAUGACAAAGCACGGCCUAAAGUGGACAGAGGUCACUUUCAGAUAAUUAUGAUGGUUGUGCAAGGUACUCCGAGUGUUGUAAGUGUUGUAAAAGUUAUGGUGUUUGUUGGUACUGAGAUAAAGGGUUCCUAGUAGUUACAUUCAGGAGUUUUACCAUGAAGUGUAGCUCAAUGUGACAAAUGUUUUUCUCACCAAAUUAACUGACUGAAAGGAAAGACAAUGUGGCGACAGAUGUGUUUUUGGUAUGACUUCUUGUAUUACCUAUAAAAAAGACAACAUUGAUCACUGAUGCUUUCAAAGAACUUCAUCAACAGCACUUCAUGAUGUCCUUGACUCACUUUGUGACAUUUGUUGGAAGAUAAACAAUAGUGAUUUGACUGUGUAAAGCUUUACUUUUAAAAGAAGCAUGUUUUUUAUUACGCCAAACCUAAAAAAUGCAAAAGAAGUUCAAAUGAAUGGUUAUUUUUUGUAUUAUUAGAAAUAAAAGUAUGCACAUUC